UCUCUCUUUAUUGGGCUUCGCUCACAACAUCGCGCACUCAUCUGUUUCUCUCUCCUUCUCUCUAAAUCUCUCGAUUGCACGGGAAUUCCUUCCGUCUAAUUAAAGCGGAUCAAAAGGGAAUCCUUUUGAGUGAUCGCAGCGGCGGUGCUUCCGGCGGUGGCAUAGCAAAGAAACGGAAAAAAAUGAGAAAUCUUGUGGCUUGUUCCUUCUCCCACUCGCCAUCCUGACUCUCUCUCUCUCUCUCUCUCUCUCUCUCUCGCAAGUGUUCCACCAUUCCAUUUUGAUGAUUGAGCUCAUUCUGGAGCUUAUCGAGGAAUAUAAGUAAAAAAAUUAGAGAGUUUUGGUGCAGUGGAUGAUGAUAGAGGGCGCGCAGGAUGGGAAAUUGCGGAACAAGGGAGGAAUCUGCAGUGGUUACAGCCCAUGUUCAAGUGCAACAGCUUCAAUUUUCGCAACUUGCUGGAAAGAACUCUUCAUCUGAGAAGAAAGAUAAUCGCUCUUUCUCAGACAUGAGUGAUCCUUCUACACCAAGGAAUUUUGCUGACUCCAGUAAUAUUGCAAUAUACACUGAUGUGAUUGCAUUCACAUUGUUCGAGCUUGAGACCAUAACAAAGAGCUUCCGUUCGGAUUAUGUUCUUGGUGAAGGUGGAUUUGGAACCGUUUACAAGGGAUAUAUUGAUGAGAAUGUGAGGGUUGGCCUCAAAUCUCUGCCAGUUGCUGUGAAGGUUCUUAACAAGCAGGGUCUUCAAGGACACAGAGAAUGGCUUACAGAGGUUAAAUUUCUAGGACAACUAAGGCAUCCUAAUCUAGUGAAGUUGAUUGGAUAUUGCUGUGAGGAUGAUCACAGACUUCUUGUCUAUGAGUUCAUGUUCCGUGGAAGCCUCGAGAAUCACUUAUUUCGAAAGACAAUCGCUCCAUUAUCUUGGGCAGAAAGAAUGAUGAUUGCACAUGGCGCUGCCAAAGGCCUUGCCUUUCUUCACAAUGCUGAAAAACCUGUUAUCUACCGAGAUUUUAAGACAUCAAAUAUAUUACUGGAUUCGGAUUAUACAGCCAAGCUAAGUGAUUUUGGGCUUGCAAAAGCAGGACCUCAGGGUGAUGAAACCCAUGUCUCAACACGGGUGAUGGGUACUUACGGAUACGCUGCUCCAGAAUAUGUCAUGACUGGCCAUUUGACUGUAAGGAGCGAUGUCUACAGCUUCGGGGUUGUUCUCCUCGAGCUCUUAACCGGCCGCAAGUCGAUCGACAAAACCAGACCCAGCAAGGAACACAGCCUCGUCGAUUGGGUUCGUCCUAAGCUCAACGACAAGAGGAAGCUUCUGCAGAUAAUUGAUCCACGGCUGGAUGGCCAAUACUCAGUUAAAGCUGCACAGAAGGCCUGCAGCUUGGCUUACUACUGCCUGAGCCAGAAUCCAAAGGCCAGACCUUUAAUGAGUGACGUUGUGGAGACAUUGGAGCCUCUGCAGGAGACCAAUGGCAUCCCUGACCACCGUAUGCAGCGUAGUAGACUUACAGCUACUACGAGUAUCGGCUGCCGGCCAAUUCCGACUGCAAAAUGCUCUUCACCUGGUGCAGUGCCUGUUUGCCAGGUGAGAUGAAGAGUGCUCGUGUAUAUACAAUAUGCUUGUUUUUUUACCGUUUCUGUGUGGGUUGUUGAGUUUACUUGUAUCGUUUGUGCUUUGGAUGUAGAUGAUUUCACUGAAAUAUUUGCUUUGAAGUUUCGUAGAAUCUGAUACUUUUGGCUGUUUGAUCUUAGGGUUUAGAAACCUUGUCAAAGGGCAGGGUUUUGAUUUAAGGAAUUAUUGUGUAGUAGUUCAAGAAGCAAUAGCCUGAUGAUUGUUGAACAAUUGUUUUGUUUA